CGGUACGUAUCCACCCCCCGUAAGUUUUCCCUCCUCCCUUUCUCUCUCUACCACGCCUUGCCCUUUUUACAGUCAAUAUGACUCUAGAGAGAGAAAGAGUGAAAGAGACUGUGACGACUAACAGUAGUAGUAGUAGUUGAUUUGUAUUGUAUAAUAUAUAUACUACACAUAUGCACAAAGUUAGGGAGAGAAAGAGUAAAACCACCGUUUGAUUUAGAGAGAGAAACUGAAACCGAAUACGAUGAAACACAUUUUCAAGAAGCUUCAUCAUCCUAAUCGAUCGAACGAUCCUCAAUCUACUUCAGCGCCGGCAUCCUCAUCUUCUCCGUCGUCGUCGUCAUGUGCUACCGAUAAUCGGAAUUCGAGUUCGGUUGCUCAAUCACCGUCGAGUCCGUCAACGGCGGCUCCGGCGACUGCUGCUACUACUGCUGCUGCGUCUCCGGUGAGUGCUGGUGGUGGAGGAGGGAGUAUUCCGACGAUUAAUCGGCAGCAGGAUUAUUAUACUUCGGAGGAAGAGUAUCAGGUGCAACUUGCCCUAGCGUUGAGUGUUUCAUCCUCGCAGUCUCAGGAUACUUUUCCGUCCGAUGUUAAUUCAAGUAAUAGUCAGAUACUCGGCGGUGGAGGGAGAAGCGCUGCUGAAUUGGCACGUGAUAGGGCGGAUGCUGCGGCUGACUUGUUAUCCAAACAGUAUUGGGAUUAUGGUGUGCUGGACUAUGAGGAGAAAGUAGUUGAUGGGUUCUAUGAUGUAUAUACUCUCUUUACAGAUCCAGAAAAUCGUGGGAAAAUGCCGUCUCUUACUGAACUGGAAACAAAUCCUGGGAGUUCUGACUUUGAAGGCGUGAUAAUUAAUCGGAGAAUUGAUCCCUCAUUGGAUGAGUUAAUGCAGAUUGCGCACUGUAUUACAUUGGACUGCCCUGCUAGUGAGAUUAGUCUGUUAGUACUGAGGCUUUCUGAACUUGUAACUGGGCACUUUGGUGGGCCAGUAAAGGAUGCAAAUAUCAUAUUGGCCAAAUGGAUAGAAAUUAGCACCGAGUUGAGGACAUCACUUCACACCAGUGUGCUACCAAUUGGAUCCCUAAAAAUUGGGCUUUCACGUCACCGUGCACUGCUUUUUAAGGUACUAGCUGACCAUGUUGGAAUACCCUGUAGACUUGUUAAAGGGAGUCAUUACACCGGUCUCGAAGACGAUGCGGUCAACAUUAUAAAGUUACCAAAUGAUAGCGAGUUUUUGGUUGAUCUAAUGGGAGCACCAGGCACACUCAUACCAGCUGAUGUUCUGAGUGCUAAGGAUGCGUCUUUUAAAACAUACAAUCCGAAAUUGAACAAGAUUCCGAGUUUGCCGUCCAAUAGUGAUUCUGGAGUUCCAUACCCGAGACAGAACUUUUUAUCUGGUCAAAAUUCUGGGUUAGGAGAUGAUUUCUCCAAUAGAUCUAAGCACGAGAAUAUGGAAUCAGUUCAUUCAAUCUCAGAUACAGGUGGUAGCUCCAUCGCUGGUUCUUCAGGAAUCACUAAAAGACCAUCUUCUAAUCAGGUUGAUAGGACUUCGCCAUUAGCAAUUGGAGCUUCUUUGUACAAAGGAGGCCGGGGACCCAAUGCAGCUGGUGAUGGCUUGAGGUUGAAUGUAAAUGUCGUUCCUUAUGAUCAGAAUAAUCCCGAGGACCCAAAAAAUCUUUUUGCUGAUCUUAAUCCGUUUCAAAUAAAAGGCUCUGGGAACACAUUGUUGCAGAAAAACCCUGCUAGAAACAAAAUCAGUGAAUUGCAACCGCCAAAAAGUACUUUUCCCCCUGGACAGCCUCCUGCCCCUAUGAUGUGGAAAAAUCGGCAUGCACGCAAUGAGGUCCCCUGGAAAAAUGAAACUGAUUCCGAGGGACCUUUUCCAAAGAACGGUGGAUCUAGUGGGUAUAAUGCAUCAUCAAUUGCAUCUACCAGCUCAAAUAUACCACAGAAAUCUUCCCCUGAUACCUCCAAGUUACAUGAAAAUUUGCAGCCCGCCUAUAUAGGAAAUGGUGGGGUUGCUUCCACCAGGGAUAAUAGCUCCAAAUCAUCAACUGAGCUUGAAUUUAGAAGGUUGUCUGUUCAGAACAGUCAGAACAAUAAUAGAGAAACAAGUCAAUGGGAUGGGCACAGUUUGCGGGGUGACGAGUUAAAUAGGACACAAGCAUACGGACAAGAUAUUAUUUUGGAAAGUGGCAACAUAAGAAAUUUGCAAGCUCAGUCAAUGGGAACAAAUAUAAAAUUGAAGGAGCCAGAAAAUCCAACUUCUUCAGGAGAUCUAGGCCCAAGUCAGGUUAAUCCUGUAUUUGAUGAUGUUGGUGAUUGCGAAAUUCCAUGGGAAGCUCUUGUCAUUGGCGAGAGGAUUGGUCUUGGUUCCUAUGGGGAGGUUUACCAUGCAGAUUGGAAUGGCACUGAGGUUGCUGUAAAGAAGUUCCUUGAUCAGGAUUUUUCAGGAGCAGCUUUAGCCGAGUUUAAGAGAGAGGUGCGCAUUAUGCGUAGGUUACGACAUCCAAAUGUUGUUCGUUUUAUGGGUGCUAUAACUCGGCCUCCCCACCUUUCUAUCAUCACUGAGUUCCUGCCACGAGGUAGCUUAUAUCGGAUAAUUCAUCGUCCUCAUUGUCAAAUUGAUGAAAGGAUGAGAAUCCAAAUGGCCCUUGAUGUGGCAAAGGGCAUGGAUUGCUUACAUACAAGCAACCCUACAAUUGUUCACCGUGAUCUGAAGUCACCUAAUCUUUUGGUUGAUCAGAACUGGAAUGUCAAGGUAUGUGAUUUUGGCUUGUCUCGCUUGAAGCACAACACAUUUUUGUCAUCCAAAUCAACAGCUGGAACGCCUGAGUGGAUGGCGCCAGAAGUUCUCCGCAAUGAACCUUCAAAUGAGAAGUGUGACAUCUACAGUUUUGGUGUCAUUCUAUGGGAACUUGCUACCUUAAAAUUACCUUGGAGUGGGAUGAACCCUAUGCAAGUGGUGGGAGCUGUUGGCUUCCAGAAUAAACGUCUUGAGAUUUCAAAGGAACUUGAUCCUUUAGUAGCAAGAAUAAUAUGGGAAUGUUGGCAAACUGAUCCAAGCUUACGUCCAUCAUUUGCUCAGCUAACAGUGGCUUUAACACAAUUGCAACGACUUGUCAUUCCUUCAUAUGUGGAUCAGCCGAGCUCCCAUUUGCCACAGGAAAUCUCAGUAAAUUCUACCCCGUAAAUUUUCUCGGUUCACUCGAGUGCCAAUAUAGAUCGGUCAUUUUAUUUUUGAGGAAAGCAAGGUUUUGGUUUUUAUUUCGUUCCCUAUGGAAAGACGGAUGGACAGUGGACUCUCUUGGCAAAGUAGAUGGUGCUUGUUGCUCAGAAAUGGUUUAGGAAGAAAGGCAAAACUUGGUAGUGCUGCUUAAAUUUGUACAGAGAUUGUGUAUAAUUUGAUCCCAUUGGAGACGCUGUCUCUCUGAAAUGUAUAGUCAUAAUGACGAGAACUUCCGUGGUUGAAGCUUGAGCUCCCCUCCGAAUGAAGGGGUGCUGCCCGUAAUAACUUAUCACAUGAUGCCUGUAUAGUCUAUACAACUGUGGUUAAGUUGCCACUUAUAACGAAUAUAUAUGAUUGCAUUCAAAAUGUUCCCGA